UCAAGUUUUGCCCCGUCAGUGCUCAGUCACAUUCUUCCACUCACACCAGCUCACUUGUAAACAGUGAAGUUCACGAAAAGAAAAAAGGGCUGAUACAGACCGAGUCAAUGAAUUCCUCCAACCUGCGUGUCACUUUUCACUCACCGGUUUCAUCGACUUAUUAAAGAGGUGGUUGCUAAGAGAUGACAAUCGCUGACAUUGGUGAGAGCCUCUGAUGUAGAGCAGCCUGAAGCUCGACUUCUCCAGGAUCCUCUCUCUCCACACCUCUGUCUGUACCUGGCUCAUGUGAAGGACGCGGGAAACGCUCUCAUAUCCACAGAUUCACGUAUACCAUGGCAGCUUUUACCACUCCUUGUGACACCACUAAUACCACGACCACCAUGGUGGCCCAAACCACAUGGCAAAGGCAAGGGAGCACCGAAGAGGCGGGUAAACGUGAGAAUGGGGACGUGGGACAAAACACCAUCCUGGAGAAAACCCACGAGUUCUUCCAGAUGUGUGACAUCGAGAACAAGGGCUUCAUCAGCCGACGUGAUAUGCAGAGGCUGAAUGGCGGGCUCCCUCUCAGUGCGGAGGAGUUGGAGAACGUAUUUGAUACCCUUGAUUCCGAUGGCAAUGGAUACCUUACCCUAGAAGAGUUCUCCUCCGGCUUCAGUAAGUUUUUAUUUGGCCCGGAGAUUUCUGUAGAGGAAGACAUGGGGGAGAAAAACUCCUGUAAAAGCCCAACAGAGGUCCUGUACCAAACCCAGUGGGAGGAGAGCCUGACAAAAAGAGAUGAGGAUGAAGAGGAGAAACACUUUUGCAUGCUUAUGGAGAGCCUGGGCGCCAAAAGUGUCUUUGAAGAUCCUGCUGAGGUGCGCAGUCUGUGGGCCCAGUUGCGACGUGAUGAGCCACACCUUUUAUCCAAUUUUGAGGACUUCCUGGCCAGAGUGACAUCCCAGAUCAGAGAGGCCAACCAGGAGAAGAGGGAGAUGGAGAGCGCUCUCAAAAGGAAAGCAGCAACACACGAUGAUGAGAUCCAGCGUCUUUAUGAAGAAAUGGAGCAGCAAAUAAAAAGUGAAAAAGACAGGAUUGUGCUGCAGGACUAUGAGCGGUUUCUAUCUCGCAGUCAAGACAUGGAGCUGCAGCUGUCCAGUAAGGAGAAGGAGCUGGAACAGCUCUUUCAGAAACAGAGAAGGUUGGACCGUCAGUGCAAGGACCUUCACAAUGAACAACACGAGACCAAGGUGGAGAACGUGAAGCUGAAGCAGACGAAUGACGAGUUAGCUCGGGAGCUGGAGCACACCAGCCAGGAGCUGAUCUUGGCACAGGAGCAGCUGAGUGUGCUGCAGGAGCAGUCCACACGGCUUCAUGAGGAGAAGGAGAUGGAAAUAUACCGACUGACUGAGGGACUGCAUCGAGAGCGAGCAAGCCUCCUCAAACAGCUGGACCUUUUGAGGGAAAUGAACAAACAUUUACGGGAUGAAAAGGACAUGUGUUAUCAGAACCCAAAGAAAACACCAGGUUUGAAGCAGAGGCCUUUAAUCAAUGUUGUGAAACACACAAACACAAAUAUCUUCAAAAGUGAGGAUGAAGAGGAGCCGACCACCACUAGCUAUGUGAGGCAGAGCCUUGCCAACGGGUCUUGCACAGCAGGGACAAGAGGGCACCUCCGGAGAAUCAUCUCCAUCGAGGAAGACCACCUCCCACACUUGCUCCAGAAUGACUGUCAAGCACAAGCUCCACUUCGGGAGUGUAGUGAAGGAGAGGAAGGCUCAGACAACGAGGAGAAUAUAGAGUUGGUGAUGAGUGAUAUUUACCCGCAUGCAUCCUCUGCCCAGCAGCAAGAGUCAAAGGGAACUGUGGAAAAAAGGGAAACCCCCACAUCUCCGAGGGGUCAGCCUGUUGGCAAGGAGACCAGCAUAAAUGAGGAAGGUGGUCCCUCGCCCCCUGAUCGCCUCUUCAAGAUUGUCCUGGUGGGGAACUCGAGUGUAGGAAAGACCUCCCUCCUUCGACGAUUUUGUGACGACUGCUUCCACCCUGGCACUUCUGCCACUGUGGGUAUUGAUUACAGUGUAAAGACAAUAACUGUGGACAACAGCCAGGUGGCGCUGCAAAUGUGGGAUACAGCAGGACAGGAGAGGUAUCGAAGCAUCACCAAACAGUUCUUUCGCAAGGCUGAUGGUGUGGUUGUGAUGUAUGACAUUACAGCAGAGCAGAGCUUCACGGCUGUCAGACAGUGGCUGACAAGUGUAAAGGAGAGUGCAGGCGAGGACAUUCCCAUCAUGCUCUUGGGAAACAAAACGGACAAGGAGAUUGAGAGACAAGUUCAGAAAGGAGUGGGCGAAAGACUAUCCAAGGACUGCCAAAUGACUUUUUAUGAGUGCAGCGCAUGCUCUGGACACAAUGUGGUGGAGUCCAUGGUUCAUUUAGCCAGAAUUCUGAAAGAGCAAGAGGACAUAGACAAGGAGAAGACGGUCCAGCUGGUCAGCAGCCCCUCAGAUAAGAAGAGAUCCUGCUGCUAACAGCUAAACACUGAACACAUAAAUAGCACUACCCUUUACUAACAAACACAAUGUGAUAGUGUGACCACAUGUGCCACAGAGGACACGUUAUUCUCUCACACAGUCUUCCUUCCACUUCGUAGCACUUUGGGUAAAGCCACCACCAAAAUGAAGGCCGUAUAUAUGUCAUGUGUCACGGAUGUUAUUGCACUAUUAUUAACAGUCUACCCUGUGUUUCAGCCAAGUUAUUUGCAGUUUGAAAAUGACCUCAAAUUUUUAUGAAAAUGUAGUAACAUAAUUAUAACAAUAAGAAAAGUUAUUAUUCACACUUAUUUACGUAGCGGUGUAUAUACAACUGAACAAAUUUAAGUCAAAGUCCCUUUGACUCAAACUAAGACAUUUUUUAAACGUGGAUAUUCCUCCAAAGUCAGGCUGUAACUCAGAUAUUUAUUAAGCUUCCAAAGGCCCUUUAUCCGUCACAUGCGGGCUUUUUACUGUAUGUAUUAAUAUAUUAAUUCAGUGUUGUGUGUGAUUUUGUUUUUAGCUGUUCAAAACUUCAACUUAUGACAUGGAGAAAUAACAUAAGGUGCUGUAAAAUAGAAUACAGUAUCAAACAGCCUUGCAGUAAAGGCUACCUUAAUGAAGCUUUUGGUGUUUUUGUUGAGACUGUCAGGGGGUGUUUAACUAUUAGGGGCAGGCUUUGUUUUGGUGUUAUGUGGCAGUGCAGGAUAUUGCACGGUGUCUUGGUUUUCUUCACCUGGUGGACAAAGUAAAAACAGCUCAGGACUGAAGAAAUGUGCUUCUGUGCUUUAUCUACUGAAUAAACCAAAAUGAUUGCGUAGUUAAAUCAAGAGAAACUGAACAUCAAUUGCUUCAAAUGUAGUAUUUGUUGCAAGGAUAUCAUAUUUAAAAGUAUUGUAUUUUACACGUUUAUGCUGUUUUGUCCUCUGUACAUUAUAUUAUUGAUUUGUUAUUCUGUGUUGUUUUUGUUGUAACAGUGUGGAGGUUGAACUGUGUUUUCUUUUUCAAGAGCUGGAAAAUAGUACAAAUCAUUAUUUUUCCCCAAUAGACCAAAUGAAGUUUAGUGAAGAAAAUAUUUAUUUUAUAUCUCCUUAAACUGCCACUGUGCCAAGUAUUUUAUGAAAAUGGUGUCACAAUAACAUGUCAUGUAACCGUGUUACAGGACGGUUAAAAGUUGACAUUUUGGUAAAAAGUUCAGAUUUUACUGUUUGAUAUUGCACUAUAGUCAAUAGUGCUUCACUACUGCCAGUAUCUUGCACACCACUUUAAUGUGUAUAUAAACAUGUAAAUAGCAUGAAAGAGAUAAAUAAAGAAUUGUUAAUGGUAA